AUGCUUGGCCUACGACCCAGGUUGAAGGCCCGGCCGUCACUGGUGGAGCUCCUGGUUCGCUCUAACAGAGACGCAGCAGGUCCCACACCAGCCUCUGUUAGUGGUGACAGGCGAGGGAACACGGCCUCAGCCUCAACGACAUCACCACUGCAAUUGCCAGCCGAGCUCGACCUUGACCGGGAGGUCCAGAUAGCUUCUGAGCUGCCUCUGCCAGACACUCCGUCAACGCCAAUCCUGCCGCCGCAAUCCACACACUCCACGCCAUCCUCACCCUCACCCUCCACCCCCUCAACACCCGCCCCGAUACGUCGAGUUCCUACCAUCGCCCUGCAAGAGUCCACACCGCCAGCUAAACAGAACCCCAAACACUCGGUCACGCCGCCCAACAUGCCUCCGAAAGCCCAACAAGAUGGCGCCAAGGAGGGUGAACACUAUGGCAAGAUUUACUCCAUCUCCGGGCCCGUCGUGGUUGCCGAGGACAUGAUUGGUGUUGCUAUGUACGAGUUGGUGAAAGUCGGCCACGACCAACUAGUGGGAGAAGUCAUCCGAAUCAACGGCGACCAGGCCACCAUUCAGGUCUACGAGGAGACAGCCGGUGUGACGGUUGGCGACCCCGUCCUGCGAACCGGAAAGCCCCUCUCCGUCGAGCUGGGCCCGGGCCUGCUCAACAACAUCUACGAUGGUAUCCAAAGACCCCUCGAGAAGAUCGCCGGCGCCGCCCAGAGCAUCUACAUCCCCCGCGGCGUCGCCGUCCCCGCCCUCGACCGCACCAAGAAGUGGGAGUUCGAGCCCCAGAUGAAGGUCGGCGACCACAUCGCGGGCGGUGACGUCUGGGGUAUCGUCUACGAGAACUCGUUCAUCUCCAAGCACAAGAUCAUCUUCCCCCCGCGCGGCCGCGGCACCAUCACCAAGGUCGCCUCCAAGGGCGAGUACACCGUCGACGAGAAGAUCCUCGAGGUCGAGUUCGACGGCAAGAAGUCCGAGUACGGCAUGAUGCAGACAUGGCCCGUCCGUGUGCCCCGUCCCACCACCGAGAAGAAGUCCUCCGACGGGCCCUUCAUCGUCGGCCAGCGUGUGCUCGACGCCCUCUUCCCCUCGGUCCAGGGUGGUACCGUUGCCAUCCCAGGUGCUUUCGGAUGUGGCAAGACCGUCAUUUCGCAAUCCGUGUCCAAGUUCUCCAACUCGGAUGUGAUUGUGUAUGUGGGUUGUGGCGAGCGAGGCAACGAGAUGGCCGAAGUCUUGAAGGAUUUCCCCGAGCUGUCCAUCGAGGUUGAAGGCCGCAAGGAGCCCAUCAUGAAGCGUACGACCUUGAUUGCAAACACUUCCAACAUGCCUGUCGCCGCUCGUGAGGCUUCCAUCUACACUGGUAUCACGGUCGCCGAGUACUUCCGUGACCAGGGUAUGAACGUUGCCAUGAUGGCCGACUCCUCGUCCCGUUGGGCAGAGGCUCUUCGUGAAAUUUCCGGACGUCUGGGAGAAAUGCCCGCUGAUCAAGGUUUCCCCGCCUACCUCAGUGCCAAGCUGGCCUCCUUCUACGAACGUGCCGGCAAGGUCCAGUCGCUUGGAUCACCCGAGCGUGAGGGCUCCGUCUCUAUCGUGGGUGCUGUCUCACCGCCCGGUGGUGAUUUCUCCGAUCCCGUGACGUCUUCCACCCUCGGUAUCGUACAGGUGUUCUGGGGUCUCGACAAGAAGCUCGCGCAACGGAAGCACUUCCCGUCCAUCAACACGUCCGCCUCGUACUCCAAGUACACCACUGUCCUCGACAAGUGGUAUGAGAAGUCCUACCCCGACUUCCCUCGGCUGCGUGACCGCAUCAAGCAGCUGCUGUCUGACUCCGAGGAACUGGACCAAGUCGUCCAGCUGGUCGGCAAGUCUGCGCUCUCCGACCCUGACAAGAUCACGCUGGAUAUUGCCACGCUCCUGAAGGAGGACUUCCUCCAGCAGAACGGAUACUCCGACUACGAUCAGUUCUGCCCCAUCUGGAAGACCGAGUGGAUGAUGAAGCUCAUGGUCGGCUUCCACGACGAGGCCCAGAAGGCGAUUGCCCAGGGCCAGAGCUGGGCCAAGGUUAAGGAGGCUACUCAGGAACUGCAAUCCGAGCUGAGGAGUCUGAAGUUUGAGUUGCCUACUGACGGCGAGGAAGUCGUCACCAAGAAGUACGAGAAAAUACAGCAGGACCUGCUCGACAAGUUCGCCUCUGUGAUGGAUGACUAA